CGAAAUAUUGUGUGUAACUAAUAUGCCUUAUCUAUAGGUCACUUAUCUAAAGAAAACUGUGCUUCAAUGUGUUAAGUUUAUAGGGACGAGGUACAGUUUUUUAAAAUUUUAUUUUCUAGAGAUCUAGCCUAAUAUGUUUGCAUAUAAUUAAUGUCUAAGGAAGUGGUUGCACACAGUCAUAAAUUUGGAUAAGUUAUCAGAUCAAUUUAUAUUGACCUCAGCAAACACAGACCUCAAACUGCCGCUAAAGGGAUUCUUUGCUAUUUGUGCCAGUGAUACGAUUGCUGAAAAAGUUUUUGUCAACUAAUUAUAGUUUUAUGAAGUAUUUUAACAGCAGCACACACUGUUUGUGUAAACUCAGUGUUUACAUACAUCUACAUUUGUAUUCAAGUCAUUUUGCUGAUAUUUAGUCUAUUAAUAUACACGCUUGUAAAGAUACACACACUCGCCAUUCAUGCAUAACGCAAGAGCCAUUUGUAUUGGCAUCACAUGCACACUAUGUAGCAGCUGUUGACCUGAGAAUGUAGAGACCUGCUGUGGGUCGGAUGAGAUGUGACGCGCUGCAUAUCAGGAUAUAGCAGCUUACUGACUUAUUUCAAGAUGUGAAUAUUAGACGUAAUGACUCAUAUAUUGGGUCAAUCAUAGACAAGCAGAAAAUAUGCUAUUGGGCACAAUUUGGCUUUAUCGAUUUAUUUAUAUUUCAUUUCCCACCACUAAAUAACAGAGUUGGGAAAAAUCUCACUUGGCAAAAAAAUGGUCAACCUUUUAACUUGGCUAUUGUGGCCUCAAAAUUGAAACUUCUUUAACUCCCCACAAUUUCCUAUUUAGUGAUCAAUCUCCAAUCAUUCUAAAGGGCCUUUCCGUAGCAGUGUAUAGUUUCACAGUCUGAGCUCUGUUUCUGAUAAGAUUUGUAUUAAAACCGUUAAAGUGGACCUGUUAUCCACAGCAUGAUUAAUCACGUGUACAUAGUGCUAGAGAAAACAUAAGGUAAAAAAUACAGCUAACUAAUAUUUUGCAUGCCCACCAUUUCAAACUGCAUGAAUACAUUUAUAUUCACCCACUGCAAACAUUGUUUACAGUGCACCGUCCCAACCACUGCAAGCGUCAUAUUUGUGGAUUAUGCCUUUUAUGAUGACCUUUAACCCCUUAAGGACCAAACUUCAGGAAUAAAAGGGAAUCAUGACAUGUCACACAUGUCACGUGUCCUUAAGGGGUUAAGGAAUUCUAAUGUUGGAGGCAUGUUGCCUCCAAGUCAGUCAUAAGACUGAAAUGCAUUAAUCACUGAAAUGCACUUUGGAAUGCAUUGGGAUUGCUAUAUAGGGAAAGUUACAGACUGAGGUCACAUCAGGAGUCCAAACAUUAGUGAAUGCACCAUUGUAGUAAUUGUAAGACAUAGACAUAGAAAUGUAAGCUAACAUUUUAAUUAAUAAAUAAAAUGCCUUUACACAUCUAACACUGUAUAUACCAUUAUUUCUUUCAUACAAAGUGCGAUCAUAUAUGUGCUUAACUUGCUUUUUUUAAAGAGGUAUCUAUGGUAUGUUAAAAAAACAUAUUGGAUCUAGUAUUCUUUGGAUUGCAUCUCCCCCCCUAAUCAGUGCUGUUAACUUUAUUACUUACAGUUUAUUAGUAAAAGUUUAAAAAUUUCAACCUCAGUCACACAAUACUUUUUUAAAACAGAUUAUUAUUUUUUUUCGUUAGAUGUGUUCCUGUAUUAGUUUAGAACAAUGGACCACCCUUAUAAAAACCAAAACAAACAAACCUUUAAAAAUACCAUAAUCGUAAUUCAGAGCUGGAACAGAAUUCUCACUGCAGUCUGGUCCUCCUACAGUGAGAUCAUCAAUCUUGAUGGUCUGUGUCCAAUCAUAUGCUUCUCACAGAGAAGCAUUGUUAACAUGCAACAAACACUGUAAUCUGUCAAUUUGGUAAUUCUCUAUGAGAAACUGUAGUUUAUUGGUUAUCAUAUAAAUGCAUUGGACGCACAGGUCCCUAUGAGGCGUAGAAAUUGCAAAAUGUAAACACUGUCAUUUCUCAGAAACAGCAGCGUUUACAGCCGCAAUCUUUCAUACACAGAAUACAUAUCUAAAAUCACUUCACUAAUUAAGUGAUUUUUGCUGCUUAGAGCAUCCAUUUAAAUAUCAUCGCAAAUAUUCAAGUUACUGGAAAUGAGUUUACCGAAUUUACAUUGAAACAAAACAUGUUGCAUCAUGUGAUAAGUGUCAAAGAAAACAAGACCACACCACCGCUAUAUUAGAGCAAGUGUAUGAGAGCAGCAACCACAGAGAUUGCAGAGCAUCUGAUAAAUAAACACAGAUGUUUGUCAGAUCACAUUAUAACUCUGCAGUGUUGAAAUCUUAUAAAACCUCAGAUUACUUAUUUUUCCUUUUUGUAUAUGCUGUAAAAUGGUAAAUCAUUUAACUUUUUGUUGUAUUUGAUUUUGGCUGUAAGCAGCUUAAUGCAGUGGUAUUGAGUUUCCACUUUUCCCUGCUGGUCGAUGGCGAUGGUGAGAAAUGAAUUUUAGUCCUAAUAUUUUUGGCUGCUUUUUACACCUCUGCAAAUGUGCUAGACUUCUCAUUUUCGUAUUGGGAUUGUGUACACUUGUAUGCAGCUAGUUAUUUGUGUCUGCAAUUUGUAUAGCACCGUGCCCAGGUAAUGCAGCACUGUCCUCAUACACACCCCAUUGGUAUUUGUAUGUUAAAUUUGCCCCCCAAAGUGUUAGUCUAGAUCAGGCAUUUAGUAGGGUCCGGCCAGCACCAGCUUAUAUCUACAAAUGUUAAACAACCCGCCUUUGUAAAAAUUUGGAGACCACUUCACACAGUGCUUUUUAUAUAUUCUAUAAAAAUAUACAUAGAUACAAUGAUGGUGAAAAUGCAUAUUUGUAAGAGUGAUAUUUAUAGGGAAUAUGCUUGUUUUAAUUUUUAAAUGUGAUGUUAUCUAACUCCAAUCUAGAGUAGGUAGUGCUCAUGAAAUAUAGGACUCUGCCAAUGGAGUCAACAGCAGGGGAGGAAGGGGGGGAGUGGGGGAGUGGUCUGUGCUGAAAAUUGCUUUGAUUUGAAUGGUACCUUAGAGUGAUUGCCUUUGCUUGUCCCCGGAAACAAUUCUGUGAAUACUCCUUUAUAACAUAAUGCUAAUAUAGACCUCAUUUAACAAGCUUUCUAAGUGAUUCAGUACUGUUAGAAAAUUUAUUCUUAAAGGAAUUCUAUAAAAAUUCACAUAACGUUUAUUGGUGUAUAAACAAAAAUAGAGAGGAAUACUGCACACUUAUUACAAUCCUGGUGCCACCUCCUGAAAUAGUUGAACAAAAAUUGUAGUCCAGGCACUCAAGGAUCAAUUCGGCAGGUUUAUUGGAACAAAGUGCAACGUUUCGAUCCCACAAAGGAUCUUUCACAAGCUUGAGAGAGAUCCCUUGUGGGAUCGAAACGUUGCACUUUGUUCCAAUAAACCUGCUGAAUUGAUCCUUGAGUGCCUGGACUACAAUUUUUGUUCAGCGUUUAAUGGUGACGUCUGUAAAUCAUUUUUAAAGUUUGUCUAAGGUUAUUAACUUUUGUAACGUGCAUUAAAUCAAGGCCAUGGUUAGCAUUGCUGAUCUUGUCCUCCUUUUUAAUAUAGACGUUAUCUACUCUCGAUCUAGCCACUUGGGAAGUAAACCGUUUGCUCGGUCUCCCCUCUCCAAGACCAAUAGGAAACACAAACACCAAUUUAUUUUAUAUUGAAUUGGCACCCGCAAGAACAAGAUCUGCCUCUUCAGUUGGAUAAUACAGUUACUUUUCACACAUAAUUAAAGGAUUAAAAAAAAAAAAAAAACUAAAAAAUACUUUUUUUCAAUAACUUUUUUCUCCGUAAAACUAUAAAUAUUUUAAACUGCUCAUAACUUGAUAAUAAUAAUAAACAAAAGUCUAAUAGCUGCUAAUAAGUGCUUCAUUCUCUUGACUGUGAGAUAAACUGAAUAACUAUACUGAUGGGGAUUUUUAAGAUAAAAAUGGCAGCAGAUGCAUCCUUUGUUCUCAGAUCUGGGACAGGACCCUUUUGUUCUCCUGAUGCUGGGCGGACCCCAUCAUGCAUUGUCUGCUUGAGGCCCUGACAUCUCAAAGACGUCUGCAUUGUGUGCAGUGAUAGGACUAACAGGCAAGAGUCAGGGAGACUGUGCAAAGUGUGUGACAUCCAUAUCCCCAUGCCUCACAGACUGGUUCAGGGCACUGUAAACAUGACCACAUGACUAGCCACGUGGAGAUGGUGUUUAGCACAGGGGAGGGCUUUAGUGGAGGAGGAGGAGGGUUGUGCAAGAGACUGCAGGGUUGGGAAUUGUUUUGUUGGAGGAAGGAGAUUUCUCACUUCAGCAAUGGAACAUAAACAGCUUUCUUUGAACGCAGAGAAAAAUCAGGCCUUUGUGGACAACAUAGUCUAAUCAGCGCUGUGGGGACUGAUACAUUGAGCUGAUUUUUGCCUACCAGUUUAAUUUAUCUUUAAAGGCACUUUCUGAAAAAAACAAAACAAUAAUCCUUAAGUUGAGAAAUCUUGUUAUAACAUGGAAACCUUCUCCAGGUAAUGGGACUUGAUAUCAUACACUUGAAAUUUGCUAUUGGGAUGGUCCAAAAAGAUGAAUAGACCCCCAGCUGCUGUAUUACUAAACCACCUAUGAUAUUGGCAAACCAUCAUGUUGUAUAACAGUUUAGGGUCUAAUUUUUAGGGCUAUCACUUGUCUAGAGGGAGAGUGUGUGUGGAGUUCUAUAUUACUAUUGUUAUUAUUUUAUUAUUUAUAUAGCGCCAUCAGAUUCCGUAGCGCUGUACAUACAUGUAUAUCCUUUUUGUAUGUCCAGGUGAGUCUCUGCUCUUUGAGAACAGAGAAAUCAAUUUAUUUAUUUUUCUUUCUUUCACAGACGUUGAGGUAGGUUUCUGGUGUUCAAGAACACAAAAAGUGCUGAUUUCUUUAUAAUUAAAUUAGAUACCUUAUAUAUAAAACCUAUAUGUACCGUGAACAGCUAGAUUUCUAUCAUUUUCAUUUUGAACCGUUGUUAAGUUUUGUUUAGUUUUUGUGUUCGUUACCAGGCUCAAUUAAAUCCUGAUUUACACCAAGUUUUGUUUCAAGUAUUUUCCACAGACCAAAAAAAAACAUUUCUGAUGAACAAUGUGAGCAAACAGCAAUUGUUAAUGGCAGACACCAGGGGGCACUGUUAAUGGAAAACGUAGCUGAAUAUUUGACUUAUAAGGGUGGAGUUUAUUAGAACACUAAAAUCAGUUUUGCCAUCCAGCCAAGACAUCCAUCCAAACAGAUCAGGUCAUUCACGUUCUGUUGUUUGGUAUGUUAAUUUAUGUACACGCACAAAUCAAAUUUCUUCCUCAUACAUAUAGUGUGAUUCAGCAUAAUUUGGAAUUUUAAUAGCUCUGAUCUUGUUCUGUUGAUAUUUUACAGGCUGAAUCAUGGAAUAGAACACAGUGUUGUAACAGGUAAGACUUUUUAAUAAUUAUUUAUGCUCAGAUACAAUGUAUUUAAAGCACUAUGAGCUGUGCGUUAAGGCUGCUUCGUUCAGAUGACAUAUUUGCUCGGCACCACAACCUAAAGUGUUCCCCAUAGUGAGGCCAUUAUAAACAGAGUUAAAAAGAGGUGGGAUGAUAAAAAGGGAAAAUGGGCUAGAUGGGGAGGAAGCCGUGGAAUAAAUAAAGCUAUUCCUCAUCCACUUCCCCAUCAUUAAGGUCUGAUUAGUUCAACCGCAUUCUUUAGUCACAAAUUAUCUCUGAGCAACUCGAGAGUGGUUAAAGGAGAGCGGUCACGUCCUGGGAUUUUUAAUACUAUGUUUAACUGUAUUUAACAAAUAUAUGUAUCUGAGAUGUGAGAAAUAAAAUUUAAUAUAGAAAUCCACACCUCUUUAUCUUGCAUAUGGGUGCCUUCAUCUUAGCUCCCUGCCCCCGCUUCUGCAUUUCAGCAAAGCAAUACAGCUAAAAAGAAUGGUUCAGCACUCUGAUUCUUCAUUGUUUCCACCAGCACAAGAGCUAUGUUUCGGCCAGUACCCUGGCCUUUGUUAAGCCUUUACAAAAGCCAGUUUUUUAAUCAAAACAUCCUUCAUCUUUACUUGUUGGUUUAAAUAAAUAAGGAUUUCAGUGCUAAACCAUUGUAUUUAGCUAUAUUGUUAUAAGGAAUGCAAGUCAGCAUAGAGAAAGCAUACAGAGAAAAUGAGAAUUUAUACAAUUGGGGAGAAUUAUUAGACCAAUCUGUUUUUUUGUUUUUAAAGUUGUGUAAAUAUGUUUCUAUUUCUUCUUUGUUAGCAGUGUUUGCCUUGACUUGCCUGAACUGUGAUUAUGAUGUAAUUUACUAAAUCUGUCAUUUAAAGUUUAAAAAAAGCAGAACAUCUUGUGAAACAAGGUUAAAGUUUUCAUUGUUUUAUUAAGUCAAUGACAGAAAUUACAGUUCCUCUUUAAGAAUUGUGAUGUAAUUCCAAAAUGUCCACAUUAACAGUAAAAAAAAAUUAAAGGACCACUAUAGUGCCAGGAAAUAGUUCCCUGAGGGUGCCCCCACCCUCAGGGUCCCCCUCCCGCCGGGCUAAGGGGAGAGGAAGGGGUUAAAAUCUUACCUUUCUCCAGCGCCGGGCGGGGAGCUCUCCUCCUUCAUAGCGACAGGAGCAGGAGCCGCGCGCAUUCAGACAGUUCAUAGAAAAGCAUUUACAAUGCUUUCCUAUGGACGCUGGCGUCUUCUCACUGUGAUUUUCACAGUGAGAAGCACGCAAGCGCCUCUAGCGGCUGUCAAUGAGACUGGAUUAACCCAUUUAUAAACAUAGCAGUUUCUCUGAAACUGCUAUGUUUAAAAAAAAAAAAAAAAAAUGGUUAAUCCUAGCUGGACCAGGCACCCAGACCACUUCAUUAAGCUGAAGUGGUCUGGGUGCCUAUAGUGGUCCUUUAAUCAUGUUUUCAAAUUACAACAAAAUUUCCCCAACUUGACAAUGUAAGUCACCUUCUGGUGAUGCAAGUUUUGACGCACACUUUAUUUGCUAUUUCUGUUGAGCCUGGUUGCGUGUUUUUUCUUUAGUUUGAUUUCCUGAUUACGAUUUUGAUUAGCAUCCGUGGUUCUUGGUUCUGCACGUAUGUCAAACACGUAACUUAUAGACACACAACUUUGCACAUAUAUAUCUACAUUCAAGCACUCUGGGCUUACAAACACCUGUAUUGUAUGCAGUGACAUUUUAUGGCCACUGACUUACCCAAAUACAGUAUACACUUCUUCAUUCACACACUACAUUUUCCAAGCACACAUGCAUACACAACUACAUUAAAGAAAAACUCUAUCGUUACAAGUAAAUACUUUUUACGCUUGGGUGUCGCCUUGGCCCCAUUACACACUGACAUCCCAUGCUGUUUGGGUGUCUUAAUAUCACGGCGUAACAUUUAAAGGCCUAUGCUACUAGUCAGACCAUAGCACGUGUGUUUAAGAGAAGUGGUACAUGGUUUCUUUACCAUAUUGAAUGAAGCAAACUUGCUGUAAUGAGCUAAGCUAGCAGAACAUUCAUCCCCUCUAUCUUGUUGGUAGUUGCAUAUUUUUCAGGGUUCAUCUUUGGUUUAACUUGGUUUUGACUUUCACACUCCCAUACUUGCCUACUAGUCUCCACACACAUCCACACACAUCGUCCUAUCCAAUGCUACAUUUCCUUCCAAUCUAUCAGUAUCUUGCGUCCACUGAUUUUGCAAUGUCCACAUCUCAUCAGCUGCUUCCUUUACAUUUGUGUGAAGACAUUGCAUCACGGUAAUCUUAGCUUUACAGUAGCAACCUUAUAUAAUACACCACUCAAGUUUAAGCCAAUUAUUUUCUUCAGCCCCCCAAAAGGCAAAAACAAAUUCCAAAAUAAUACGUUGCAACCCACCCCCACAAACAAAAAACCAGCGUGGAAGAAAACCCUUGAUGCAGUAAGAUUAAUUUGCUUUUACCCAUGGGGGCUCGGUGCAGACUGAGCUUGUAUAGUGGAAAAAGUGCUUAUAAGGACUUUUCCAUGCUAUGCAAUAUCAAUUGAUUGCAUUCUUUUUUAUGUUAAUAGUUGUAUCACAUUAUUUUCCAAUUUAAUUUGGGGCUGAAAAAGAUAUUUAGAAGCAAGAAGACAUCUAAUGGUAAAUAGGAUUUUCUUUCCUUACAUGUAACAUUUUUAUUGUGUGUGUCCCCCCCCCCUCCCCUCCCCCCGUCACUAUUAGUACUGUGGGGGAGGUAGGGUCUUUAAUUGGAGUGGGGGUUGGCAAGGGGAUUGGGGACCCUAAGGCACCAGGGGAUGGGGGGUGGACAAAUCAUAGUGAUUUGGGAAGGCCUAACAAUGGCAUUAACAUUCACUCUCAAUAUUUAGUUAGAGCUCCAACCUGCUGUCCAUGGGUAAGGCUUUAUAAUAUAAUUAGAGCCCCUAGAAGGGUUUUUGUUAACCGUCGUGUCGCAGAGGGUUAAUGUUAAAUUAAUUAUUUUGCAUGCUGACGGCUAGCACUGCCAGUCUCCCAUGGUAAGUGACAGUCUGACGAAAUUCCAUGAUCAAAGUAAAUUUUUCUACAGUUUGGUUAGGAUUAGGUGGAUAUAAUAAGAUUUAAUAAUAAGAGACAUAUAUUUAAAUAGGCUGGUUAGAGCAGUGGUAACAUCACUGCCCUAAAACUGGAUAAGACACCUACUGCUCACCUCAAAUCAAAUCCUAAUUGAUUGUUUGAGCAGGGCCUUCGUCUUCACUUCCCCUUUCUGUAAUUGUAAAGCUCUGCGGAAUAUGUUUGCGCUCCAUAAAAUGAUGAUAAUAUACACAAAUAAUAAAUAUAUUAUUGUUAUUCCUAACCAUUUUCAGAAUUUGGUGUUUUUCCUUUUUUUUUAUUUUUUGUUUUGUGUAUUUCUAUACAUGCACUCAACUUUCCCUCUUUCUUAUUCCAUUUUUCAAUUCCUGUAAUGUCCUAUUUGUGUUCCCCUCUCAGUCUUUCUGUUCUGUCACUGUGGUUAACGUGUCUUUGGACACUAGUGACAUUAUAGAUCUGGCUCCUGCCCUCAGAGGCCUUGUUGCACAUUAAACAUCACGCAGGCACCCUGACCUGUUUCAAUGAUAUCAGCAUGCUUCAUUUUCAAUAAGUGUGUGUUCUCUGCUGCCAGGCCUGGCAAUACUGUAUUGAAAUAGUAACCAUUUCAUUGUCAAAAACAUAUACAUAGCAAUACAUUUAAACAUUUUAUGAAAAACCUGGUGAUUUCUUAUUAAUCUGCUAAACAGUUCCAUCCCGCACACCCGCCAUAUAUUAAACACUUCACAAUCAGAAACCUAAUAAAAUGCCUUAUUUCAUAAAAAGUGAGAGAUCUAGUAUACCUUCCCUAACACUUAGUCCAGCUCUGGUUACCCUGUUCCAUUAAUGUGGCUGUGGAUGUACAUUGAUUUAAAAAGCUAUUUUGCUUACUGCACAGUUUGGGCAGAGUGAUCUCUCCACUAAUCACUUGGCACCCAUAAAUCCCAUUUUAAUUAUUUAAAUAUGUUUCAUUUUACUAAUGUUCUCUAAGUGAGACACUGAUAGCUUAUAAUCAUGCAUUGUGAUCCACACUUUAAAUUAUGUCUUCUCUAAAAAUGUGUCAGGACCACCAACCACAUCAUGCAGAGGAAUGCAUCUGUAUGUAUGCUGCAAUUAUAGUACAUCUCAGAGAUAGUGCAACUUACUGGAAGAUACUGGAUACAUAAUAAGCUGUUUCAGUUGUUAGGAAAUAAAGCCUAAACACUGCUCCAAUUUUCUUUGUUUUUUAACAACAAAAAGAUCUGGCAUAAUUAUAUCCCACAUUUAUUCUCUAAAGUACAAUAUAAAUAUUACAUAUAAACCCAUGGCACAUGUUUGUGUCACAUUAAUAAUAAAGGAUGGUAAUGUAUGGAAAAUAGAAUAAAGUAGCUAUAUAAAUUUUUUUUUUUUUUUUUUUUAAAUCUAUGGGCAUGAACCCUGAACUUUAUUGAACAAGAAAAAAAGAUUUUGUUAGUUUUUUUAAAAACACCUAAUCUAGGCAAAAAAUAAUGGGGGUUUAGUUACAUUAUAUGAUCAUACAUUGCAUAAGCCUGCCACAAUGUCAAUGUACCCCAUCUUUGGCAGGUCCUACUUUAACAGCCAAAUGUCUGCUAAAUGAGCUACUUACUUGGGGAAAAAAAUCCAUCUCAAGUUCUCUGCGGUACAAGGCUAAAUAUGGCACUGGGGUGCGGCACCUGUGACAUGAUCAUAUAAUGUAACUAAACCCCCAUUAUUUUUUGCCUAGAUUAGGUGUUUUUUUUAAAAAAACUAACAAAAUCUAUCAGCACCAAAGUUGCUGUUUAGUAGAUAAGGGAGUGCACUGGAUUUUUAUUUUUAUUGGCUCCCAGCAGCACCCUAUUUAUGCAUGUUUUGGUGAGUGCAGCCAGACCCUUGUUUUCUUCUAUAUAUAUAUAUUUAGGAGUCUAGCCAACUCCUUGGUAUUGCACCCCUCCCUGUCACAGGUGCCUCAUCCCUGUGCCCUAUUUAGCCUUGUACCGCAGAGAACUCGAGAUGGAAUUUUUUCCCCAAGUAAGUAGCUCAUUAGCAGACAUUUGGCUGUUAGAGUAGGACCUGCCAAAUAUGGGGUACAUAGGCGUUGUGGCAAGCUUAUGCAAUGUAUGAUCAUAUAAUGUAACUAAACCCCCAUUAUUUUUUGCCUAGAUUAGGUGUUUUUAAAAAACUAACAAAAUCUGUCAGCACCAAAGUUGCUGUUUAGUAGAUAAACACACAGUGGACACUGACACAUACACACUUACAUACAGAGGACACUGACACACAAAUUUACAAAAAGAAGACACUGAUAUACACAGUUACACACAUACACACUCACUGCCAGAUGUACUCUCACUGAUCUGACACGCACUCACUGAUUUGACACAUACUGAGAGACACACACACGCACUGACAAACACAUACGCAGUCUCUUACACACUCACAAAUUAUUAUUUUUCUAUAAUACCUUUGGAAGAGCUGGAGCUAACCAUUUCCUUGGGGUCCAGCUUCAUUCUCCUCUAACCAGCCACUUUUUGGUGUACCCCCCUGCCUGUGGUGCGCGUACACGCUGUGGCAUGCAUAUGAGGGGUUGAGAAACUAGGCUGUAGAUCACACUAUUCUAGUACAUGCCAAUGAGCCAUAGUCUCCAUACAGCAGUGUUCACUGAGCCAGCACAUUACAUGUUCUGUAAGAAAAUGUGUAAUAUUGAAAACUAUGACUAAACACCUUCUGGCUUGAAUUAGAUCAACCAUUUUCCGUCUUUAUUUACCUCGGUUAUAUUUUUUAUUAGGCUAUGUUUUAGUACCUACACUAUUUUCCCAUGAGUGCAGACAGUGUUUGAGCUAACACAAUACCAUCAAUUGACAGCUGUCAUCAUGCCAAAACAAGUAGGUAACUCUCCAAUUAGCAUAAUGCUUCACUUGGGAGUCAUUUUAUUAUUAUACAUACAAUGAGCUAAAAUGUUUUAUUCUGCAUAUUAUGUAGAAAUUGUAAAAAGACAAAUCCAUCAGAUUUACGCUUCCAAUAAUAAUUGUUGCUGCAGUUAAUCCAAAAGAAAGCUAAACUCACUUUGUAGCAAUUUCUAAUUUUGUUUAGAAAUUAUAUCUUCUUGAUUCCAAAGUGCAGUUUCUUAAUGAACAGACAGCUGGUAUUACGUUAGACAGCGCAACCUCUCUAGGCUGUAUAGUCCAUAUGUUCUUUUUCUUAUUGUUUUACCUGACCACCGCUUUCUUAACUUUAUCACAAGCAGCUUUAAUUGUGAUAUUUAGUGUGAAAUGUAAGACAUUGGUCAAGUUAACUUACCGGCAGGGCGUAAAUCCUGCUAUGUGGACUUCGGUAACGAAAUUGAAACAGAUGGCAAGGUUAAAAUCUAAAUAUAGCGAAUAUUUAGAAAGAAGCGUUUCUGCAGUGACUUAACCAUUGGUUUGAAUUCCCAACAUCUAAUGGCAUUUAAAAAAUUAUCUCCAAUGCCUAAAUUACACAACAUCUAAAAUAGUGAAUCUUACUGCCCCUCAUGUUGACUUAUUUUCAUUAUUGCUGAGGGUCACAAAUGAAGUAACUAAACAGAUUGUCAACCCAAAAUGUUUAACAUGUGUAUUCCAGCAACAUUGUUCCGUAGAGAACCGAUACUAAAGAAAUACAAUACCCUGGGCCAUGAUUUAUUUCUUGUUCUGCUAUAUGAACACCAUUAAAUAGCAUAUUUUUAUACUUUUCAAAGCUUCUGUUGAUCCAUAACCCGCUAAUCUAUAAUCCAUAUAACCCAAACAAUAACUAGGAAAUGUGUAUCUUGACCUUUUCGAAAAUGAGGGAACACUUAGUUCUUCCUUGCAUAGAAAUCAAGCAUCCCAUCUUGCAGAAUAAUCUCAUGGAGCACAUCCUGUCUUCAAAGAAUCAUUCCAGCUAGAUCAAGACUGCACCACCACAUGAUUGGAGGCAUUGCUUUAGCUAAAUUCAAGCCCUGUUAAAUCCCAGACAUGCACCUGUAAGGAAUUAGAAAUAACCCCAAGUCAUGUCAUAUACACUGAUCAGCCACAACAUUAAAACCCACUGACAGGUGAUGUGAAUAGCAUUUAUUAUAUAGUUACAAUGGCACCUGCCAUGGGGUGGGAUACAUCAGGCAAUAAGCAAACAGUAAGUUCUUGAAUUUCAGAACAGAUCUGAGUGAUUUUGACAAGGACCAAAUAGUGAUGGCUGAUUGGGUCAGAGCAUCUCCACAAUGGUGAGUCUUGUGGGGUGUUCCCAGUAAGCAGUGCUUAGUACCUGUCAAAAGUGGUGCAAGGAAGGACAACCAGUAAACCGGCAUCAGGGUCUUGGGUGCCAAAGCUCUUUAAUGCAUGUUUAGAAUGAAGGCUAGCCCAUCUUGUCCGAUCACACAGAAGAACUACUGUAACUCAUAUUGCUAAAAAUGUUACCGCUAGGCUGAAAGGUGUCAGAACAAACAGUGCAUUACAGUUUGCUGCAUAGCGGCAGACUGGUCGGAGUGCUUGUUAUGACCCCUGGCCACUGCCAUAAGCCCCUUUAAUGUGGACAUGAGCAUCAGAGCUGGGCCAUGGAGCAACGCAUGGUGCCUGGUCUGAUGAAUCACGCUUUUGUUUAGAUCAGGUAGAUGGCUGGGUGCAUGUGCGUCGUUUACCUGGGGAAGAGAUGACAGGAUGCAUUAUUGGAAGAAGGUAGGCCAGCGGAGGCAAUGUACUGCUGGGAAUCCUUGAGCCUGGCAUUCAUUUGGAUGUUACUUUUACACGUAUAACCUACCUAGAGUUUGUUGCAGAUCAUGUUCACCCCUUCAUGGCAAUUAUGUUCCCUGAUGGCAGUUUAAUCUUUCAACAGGAUAAUGCACCCCGGACAAUAAUUGUUCAGGAACUGUUUGAGGAACAUGACAAACAGUUUAAGGUGUGUUGGCCUCCAAUUCCCCCAGAUCUCAAUUGAGCAUCUGUGGGAUGUUCUGGAACAACAUAUCUGAUCCAUAGAGGCCCCAACUCGCAACUUGCUGCUAAUAUCUUGGUGCCAGACACCACAAGGCACAUUCAGAGGUCAUGUCUUGACACAUCAGAGCUGUUUUGGCAGCACUAGGGGGGUGAUAUUAGGCAGGUGGUUUUAAUGUUGUGGCUUAUCAGUGUAGGCUGUUACCUAGCAAAAAAGAAAGGGGAUCAGGGAGGAUAAAAAUAUAUAUUAAUGGUUGUUGCGACUGCUAGUCUUAAGGUUUAACAAAACACCUACAUGGAGGCAAAAAUAAGAAUUUCUAGUUACUCCCAGUAAGGUCAGGAAUCAAGAAGUACUCUGAAACUGACACAUAAGCAAUAUUAAGGUAAUUGGUAAAUAGUAUUGGAAAACAGCACGACAUAUCAGAAUCACAAAGAAGACAGAAUUUAAACGGGGGAAUUAAGGAAGGACAUCUGCUUGUUGGUGAACUUGACUGUAAUUAUAUGGAUUAAACAGGGAACCCAGGAACAUUGUAAUCACUCCUCUGCUGCCACUAGUAGAUAACUCCACUUGUAGGGUGACUUCUCUCUGGGUUCUUUGCCUGUUUUGUACGUGGAUAUGCCUCCUUUUGUAUACUUGAUAUUAAAGGACCACUAUAGGCACCCAGACCACUUCAGCUCAAUGAAGUGGUCUUGGUGCCAGGUCCAUCUAGGGAUAACCCUGCCUGCUGUAAACAUAGCAGUUUCAAAGAAACUGCUAUGUUUACUUUAGGGUUAAUCCAGCCUCUAGCGGCUGUCUGACUGACAGCCGCUAGAGGCGCUUCUGCGCUUCUCACUGUGAUUUUCACAGUGAGAAGACGCCAGCAUCCAUAGGAAAGCAUUGAGAAUGCUUUCCUAUGGACUCACUGAAUGCGCGCGCGGCUCUUGCCGCGCAUGCGCAUUCAGCCGGUGACGGCAAAAGAGGGAGGAGAGUCCCCGGCGCUGGAGAAAGGUAAGCCUUUAACCCAUUCCUCCCCCUAGAGCCUGGCGGGAGGGGGACCCAAAGACCCUAUAGAGCCAGGAAAACAAGUUUGGUUUCCUGGCACUUUUGUGGUCCUUUAAGGGUAAGCAACUUUUGGCAAUCUUGAUGUUGUGGACUACAUCUCCUCUGAUGCUUUGCCAGCAUUAUGGCUGUAAGAGCAUUAAAGGCAAUGUAGUCCACAACAUUCGAAGUGCCAAAGGAUGCCUAUGACCUCUUAUAAAACAAUAUGACCUCAAAACACAUUAAUUGCUGAACAUCCUUUUAUUAUGUUCUGCAUCAGGUAAACUUUAAACUUUUUAUUCCACUGGUUAGAUUUUUUCUGUUCUACACAUUUUCCAAAUUAUAGUAUUUAACCUGCCCAUGGAUCUUUAUUGUAUGAUCUACUGAGUCUCCUGACCAGACCUUCACUUUCUCUAUUAUUACCUUUCUUCCUUCCUGCCUUGUUGCUCUCAUUGUCUUUUCGUUUUGCAUUUCCUGAGCUCCAUCUCUUACACCCUGUCCUUUUUUCUACUUCAUUUGGAUUGAUGCUAACAUUUUAAGACAUUAUAACGUUUUGUAAAUAUAACACUGCUACUUUGGAUGUUGAAAGACUAUGCAAAUAUUCAAUCUGACAUUACUUUGUAUGUUUCUGCCCCAUUUUGACCACUCUUUACAUGUGUUAAAAAAGAAAGUACUGUUAAAUCUAAAUGAAGUAAUUGUAGCGCCUACGGUAGUUCCCCCUCCUUAGUGGCCCCAAAUGACUGUAUUUUAAUAAUUAGGAGGCUUGGAAACGUGGCUUAAAGCCACACCUCGACGCUCUAUGGGUAGGAUACCAAGACUGUUACUUCCCAGCUCACAUACCCUAGCAAACCAUUACAUCACACACACGCACAAUGACAUAACAGCCAGUUAUAUAAUCAAUCAUAGACUAUGACGGACAGUCAUAGAAAAUCAUUGCAUACGGCUUCAGGAUUUAUGGUUUGUUUUUUUUGUUUAAUUUAAUUUUCUUACAUUUUUAAAGUACUCCGUGGGGGCAGACACUUACUAAGUACAUUAAGUUAAGAAUAGAGAUAUAUACUACUAACGCUACAGUGUUCCUUUAAGCCAUGUCUAAUUCAAAAAGCAUCAAUGUGGAACAAAUUGUACAAUACACAUUAUAAUGGUGAUUAAAGUAGCCCGUUACGAAAUGUGUAUAUUAUAAAACUUGCGUGUGGUGUUAACCUUUUUUUAGUUUCAAUUAUUGUAGGAAGUGAUAAAGUUACCCCAAUGACAGUGUGAGGUUUGAGCUGCAGCUUGUUAGGGGAAACUCAGAAAGUAGCUUUACAACUCCCAUAGUACGUUACCAGCCUUUAGGCUAGCAAAGCAUUAUGGAAGAUGUAGUUCUGAAACAUUCAAGGAAUCUACCUUAUGCUAUACCUGCUCAAAAGGCAAUAUGAACAUAACAGUUAUGACAAAACCUUUAGGAUAUAACGUCUUUCUCUUUUAUUAGCUCUUAGAGAGGUUCAUAUGAGAGUGAAUUACCUUCAUGCAGACGUAAUGCAUGCAUAAUGGCGUUCAAUGUAAAUUAAUUCAAUUUCCCCAUAUAACCAAGUGCUAUAGUGUUCUCUGGUCUGGCUAACCUAUUUUAUCGGGUAAUAUUUAUUUGUUUAGCACUUUGCUGCUGCUUUACCCCCCACAUAAAUUUAUAUUUUAUUUUAUUUAUUUAUUCAGUCCAGCAGUUAAAGGAACACUAUAUAGUCACCAGAACAACUACAGCUUAUUGAAUUUGUUCUGGUGAGUAGAAUCAUUACCUUCAGGCUUUUUGCUGUAAACACUAUCUUUUCAGAGAAAAUGCAGUGUUUACAUUACAGCUUAGUGAUAACUUCAUUGGCCACUCCUCAGAUGGCUGUUAGAGAUCCUUCCUGGGUCAUGGCUGCCUAAAAUGCAUCCAAACAUUCAGUAUCUCCUCCCUCUGCAUGCAGACACUGAGCUUUCCUCAUAGAGAUUCAUUGAUUCAAUUCAUCUCUAUGAGGAGAUGCUGAUUGGCCAGGGCUGUGUUUGAAUCAUGCUGGCUCUGCCCCUGAUCUACCUCUUUGUCAGUCUCAGCCAAUCCUAUGGGGAAGCAUUGUGAUUGGAUCAGGCUACCACUUCUGCUGAUGUCAGUAGACAGCUUUUUUUUUUUUGGCAAACAUCAUGCAGAUCUACAGCUUCAGACUUGAAUACAGUAAGGUGUUGCUAUAUUUAUGGAGGCAUGAGGGGCCCAGGUGAUUUUAACACUAUAGGGUCAGGAAUACAUGUUUGUGUUCCUGAACCUAUAGUGAUCCUUUAAAGAGAGCUUAUACCGAAAAUAGCAGUUGUUAUUUCUGAAGUUCCCUCCUGUCCACCCACUUUUGGCAUUAAAAGUCUAAAUAAAAAAUGAUUACUAACCUCCUUUCCAGUGCUAGGACUCCUAUAGUGCAGCCUCCAGGUCCACCUCAGGUGAUGUCAGGUUUCAAGUUGACAUCACCCACAAUCUCCUCCAAUCCAUUGCUUCUCAUGGAGUAGCUUGGCACUAGACAUGUGUGGCCAAAUGUUACAUUCUUCCAAUCAAAUACUGCUAUAAGCAGUGUUUUGUUUUUUUUGCAGGAUCGAGUUACAUUCUGUACUGGAGGGAAAAUCGUUUCUAGUGGCAAAAAGACUGCGACUAGAGGUGUGUUUAAUUGUGCAAUGUAAAUCAAUCAAUGCAAUUUCUACAAAACAGAAUUGUUUUACUUUGCAGGGUUAAAAUGACAGGACCACUGCACCCAGACCAUUGAGAUGAAGUGGUCUGAGUACUUUAGUGGUUCUUUAAGAAAUUGCAAAACAUCAUUCAGGUUAUGUACAAGUGAUACUCCAUUAAAAUGACAGAAUGUUUUUAAUAACUAUUGCUCUAUUAACCUCUUCAGUGCGUAAUUAAUAAAAACCUGAGUAAAUGAAACACUUCAGGUAGCACCCUAUUUGUAGAUGCUUGUCUUUACUAUUUUGGAUUAAUUUUAUUGAUGAAUGGUUUCAAUUACAAAAGCAAACAAAAACCUCCCAAUGUAUGUUGCCAUCAGGCAGUUUGUUUUAAUUGCCGCAGCUCUAGUGUACCUGUCAAUCAGAUAUUUAUGCCAUCUUCUACAUUACUGCUGCUAUGCAACUAUUUCAGUCAGGCUUGAGAUUGCAGUAUUAUAUUUUCAUUCUUCUGUAGAACUGCCAAAAUGCACUAGAAGAUUUUACAGCACCACGCAGAGGAAGCUGGAAGAUCCUCAAGACAAAAGGAGCCGCCGAGGUUGGAAUACAGAUUCUGUGCCAAUGCAGCAGCAAACACGGAAGCCAGAAUUAUUGGAAGGAAACCUUCCUGUGUUUGUCUUUCCAACAGAACUGAUAUUUUAUGCCGAUGAUCAGUCCACACACAAGCAGGUGUUAACGCUAUAUAACCCUUACGAGUUUGCCUUAACGUUUAAAGGUAUGGUUCCUCUCAUAUCCGAAUGUUUCACUGUGGUGUUAUAUCUUAUUUAAGAAAGAACAAGCAAUGGAUUGCUUGAAAAGGGUUGCUCUUACACCUUAUAAAGAAAGGAUAAAAACAAUCAAUAUUAUUCUGGAUAAUAGAAACAUAGAAUGUGACGGCAGAUAAGAACCAGUGGGCCCAUCUAGUCUGCCCAAUUUUCUAAAUACUCUCAUUAGUCCCUGGCUUUAUCUUAUAGUUAGGAUAGCCUUAUGCUUAUCCCACGCAUGCUUAAACUCCCUCACUAUGUUUACUUCUACCAUUUCAGCUGGAAGGAUAUUCCAUGCAUCCACUACCCUCUCAGGAAAGUAACACUUCCUGAAAUUAUUUUUAAACAUUUUGCCCCUCUAAUUUAAGACUUCUUGUUGUGGUAGUUUUUAUUCUUUUAAAUAUAGUCUUCUCCUUUACCGUGUUGAUUCCCUUUAUGUAUUUAAAUGUUUCUAUCAUAUCAUAGUAUUAUAAAACCAUCGAGUUCCUUAAACCGAGCCGUAGAUGAUCAGUAAGUUUAUGAUACAGGUGGAGGGUACUGUAACAUUCUCAAAUAACCCAAAUCUUCUGGUGCCACACAUAGACACUUCUGCAUGUGGUACUUCUAUAUUAAAGAUGGAGCAGUUGUUGUUUUUAUAAAGAUAGGGAAGAAAAUUUAAGGCGAAUUGACACGUGCCAGGAUUAUUUAAUGUUAUGUUGAUCUAUCCUUUAUUUUUAACAGAUGUAUGUUUGUGAGAUGUGAGAAGUCACGUGUGCCAGGCAUGUAAUUAACCUCUGUAUGUGCUGCACAUUCGGAUUCCUUACUAAAAGUAAAAGUGGUCGUGGAGGUUGGGGUAACCUUUUAAGGAACAUAGUCACAUCAAGCCCGGUCAACCUUACGUACAUCAGUUUGUUACACUUAUUUAACAUAAUAAUAACAUGGUACAAAAAAAAAUAUCAAUCUAAUUCCUCAUCACACUGGAAGAUACCUGAUCUUCUUACAUUGAAUUACAUUUCAUAUAAUUUUUGUAAUGUUGUACAAAACCAUGCUGAUUGGAACAAUAUCUCUUAACAUUUAUGUUCAAAUUCUGACAUACAGGAACAGUUUUUUUCAUGAAUACUUGUUAAUAUACAGUGCUUAAAUAUUUUAAAGUGACAAACACAUAUAAUUUUAAUGAUCAUUUAUAUAUUUAAUAGGUGCUGUUUUUAUAACAAACCUACCUACUAGGACAAACACUCCCACUUCUGAGAUAUGCUCUACGUCAAAAAUGUGGUUUCGUACUUUCAUCAUGUACAGUUUCCAGUGAUUUCUUGUUCACUGAAAGUGAUACUGCGUUGUUUUAGGAAACGAAACGGAUGCCAUGUCAACGCAGGCAGCUGCUGAUGGCAAUGCAGUGUUGAAUCACGCUGACACAAACUGCUGUCAUUACAUCAUUCGUCAUUGUAAAAGACCAUCACAAUUGUUUUUAAAUGAUAAGCUCCUGGAUAUUAAAUUUGUCACUUGUCAGUAUGAAACUGAACUCUUAUUUUGCACAAAAAAUUAGCAAUUUCCCGUUCAGGUCCCAGUUUGUUGAAUAACACUUAUAGAUUUAUUUUUUUCAUCAGGUGUACUUUCCAGUAAGGAAUUUUAAUUGUGUCCUUUACUGGCAGUUUAACUAGUGUUUUUUGGUUUUUAAAUAAAUAUUAAAUAUUAAAAGAUUAUCUUUCUUUGUAAAAAGACAGAUUUCAGUAUAAAUAGUAAAUUGUGUAGUCUUGGAUAGAGUCAGUAUUUGCCAAAAAGGUUUAAAUUCAUAUGAUCAGAGAGUUGGUAAGAACCGGCAAUAGAGGUGGGGGGAGAGUACUAAAUAACACAGAAUUGGGAGGGUUAUAGAACAGCCUUUCAGCAUACACGGAAGUGGCAAAUACCAAAACUGACAAGAAAAGAAAAAUGCUUAGUAAAAUCUAGUGUAGUAACAUUUCCUGGAUGGACCAUAUCUGAAAUCAGAAGUAUUAAAAACAAACUUCCUUAUUUAUUUGACUAUGAUUCCCAGUCUUCUCUGAUUGCCAAUUGCUGCAAACCUUUCGCCUGACAAAGAAUUAUGGCAUUUGUAGCUCAGUUGUCCCUCUGGCCUAAAUCGUGUAGUAGAAGAAAUCUUCACUUUUGCAUGCUUUGCAAAGUUUAAAUAUAAGAACUCUUGAUUUAAAUACUUAUCCUAAAAUCUCUUUUUAUUUUUAUUUUUUUCAGUAUUAUGUACAUCACCCAGUAAGUACAUUGCUGCAGAAACUGCAGGUGCUGUGAAACCUCAGUGCUGUGUUGAUAUGUAAGUAUAUUCCAGUCAACUUUAAUAUACAUUAGAUACACAAAACUAAGGCUGGAGUUAUGUGCUGUUUUCCAGAAAGAGAGGUUUUAUUUUAUUAAACAGGGACUAGUUGAACAUAUAUCAUUGUUUUCUGUCUCACAGCUCUUGCAGAGGCAGAAUUGGCACCCAUUUUCCCCAUAUACCAUGGUGUUUACCAGAAAUCAGAGUUUGAGUAUGUAUUUACCUGGCUUGGUAUCUGCCCUCAUGGUGCCAUUUUGAAUAACACUACUGUGAAAAAAUGAAGGGGCAGUCUUAGCACCAUAACUCCUACAUGCAGUUGUCAUGGUUUGUAGGCUGAAGGUGCCAUACCCCUGCUGUGGGUCAAACCAUUUUGGGUGGUUUCACUUGCAGCCUGGCAAGGUGGUGCAUUCAACUUUUCACUUGCUGGGCUACUAAUGCAGAAGUUUAAUUUCCUCAAUAUUAAUGUCAUCCAUAUUUGUAUGGCAGUAACUGUUUAAAAGGAGAGUCUGUGAUUCUCAAUCAUGUCUAGAAGAUACUCUUUAUGUGUCACAACAAUAUUAUAUGAAAAAAAUGUGGUCUGCUUUAUCUUGCAAAAAUAUAUUUAGUGAUUUUUUUUUGGGGGGGUGCGGGGGGUGGGGUGGGGGUAUUGAGAAAGUGUAUCUAUAACUUGUCUCCUUAUUUUCUAUUGUAGAAGACAGGCACUAUGUCAGCUAGCACUGUCCUUGUGACUAACACAACAUCUACAUCAUCUGUGAUUUACUUAUCUCCAUGCCACUGUUUACAAACAAAAGAUGCCAAUUUCUAAAGUUAGGUUUGGUAACGGUCAUAUAUUAAUCUUUGAAGUUAAAGGGAAACUAUAGUGCCAUUAAAAACCCUUUCUGUCACUUACCUUGUUCCAGCACUGAUGUCGCUUGGCACUGGCCCGGGGUUUGCCUUCACCCCUCCCCCACCGACGGCAGCUGCUGACGGAGACCUAAUUCCACAUGUGCGGCAAUUAUACAAUGCUUUCCCAUGGGCUUUCGGGUGAAGGUGGAUGUAUUAAUGCAUAGCAUGAAGACGUCCAGCGUCCGUUAGGCAACCAAAAAGUCACGUAACCACCCGGAAGUCCCUCUAGUCGUUGUCUGGUAGACGGCCACUAAAGGUGGAAUUAACCUAUAAAGGUAAUUACUGCAAUUAAUUAAAAACUGCAAUAAUUACCUUUCCAGGUUUAAGGUAUCUGGUAAUAUGCACACAGACCACUUCAAUGAGCUAAAGUGGUCUGGGUACCUAUAAUUAUUAUUUAUAUAGCACCAACAAAUUCCGCAUACUGUACAAUGGAUAGACUAACAAACGUGUAAUUGUAACCAGAAAUGUUGGAAGCACAGGAACAGAUGUGUUCAGUUCCCUGCUCAAUAAACUUACAUUCUAGAGGGAGUGGGGUAAAGUGACACAAAAUGUAAGGGUAGAAGUAGAGAAGUAGAUUAGUAGAAUAGUAUUCACUGAACACUUAGUGUAUUUUUUUUAAUGACCGUUGCAGGAGAAAAGUGUCUCUUUAAGGAAUGUGGCCUCACUGACCCUCGUUCACUAGGAUAAAAAAAAAAGAAACAAAAAAAAAAAACCUUGUGUAACAGAUACUUAUUUACAGUCUAGAAUUUGAAGGUUAAACAGGAUUUUUUUUUUGCUUCAAAGUGUUAUUCGACACAAAGAUGUCCGAGCCAGUCACUUUGGGGUGGUCGACAAAUUUCGCCUUUAUGUGUUCGAACAAAGUCAGAAGAAGACGUUGGGGCGUAAAGAGGUAAAUGCCACACUUCUUCCGUCCGCAAAGGGUCAACAGCACAAAGAAGAGGAGGAGAAGAGAUUUAAGAAUGAACAUAUGGCAGAACAUGUCUUUCAUGAACAUAAACCUUAUAAGCCAGGUGUGUAUACAUGAGUUCCCAAAUCUUUAUAGUCUGAUAAACCCUGUCCUGCCAUCCAUUAACACUGCCCAUUAUCACCUUUUAGUAUUUUGAGUGGCACAAUGGUUCUAAUCCGUCAUCUUUGCCACAUCUGCCAGGUUAUUGGUGUUAAGUUAAUGCAUUUAUUGCUAAUGGUUUAAAAAAAAAUAAAAAAUAAUAAUAAUAAUUUUCUCAGAGGAGCUGACCCACCUUCAUUUUGCCAAGCACAAACUUCCUUGUUUGUACUGGGCAAUUUCUAAUCAAAUUAUUCUACAGAGGGGUAUUGUGGUCACAUAGAACAUAAUAUAACAUUAGCGGGAGAUGAGGAUGUACCCUCACCGACUGGAAGUCUUAAGUAAACUCUUUGCUGAUGAUGGCUGUAAGAUCAUGUCUUUUUCAGGAAGUGUGAAGAGAGGCUUUGUGAUUGACAGCCAGUGGAGGUGUGGCUAGGGCUAUAGGAAUUUUUUUAUUUAACUACUAAAUGGAAGUUAGCAGUAAGAACGGAAGUGCAUGAUCUAUGCACCAUGACCACUUCAUUAAGCGAAAGUAGUUUUUAGACUGAUCUUUUAAAUUCUGAGAAUAAAACAUCAAUUUCUCUUAUAUUUGACCAUCAUGUGUAUUGUUUUAUUUAUAUUACUCUAAAUACAGAGCCCCCAACAAAUGACAAGUAUAUUGAAAUAUUUUCUAUCAGAUAUCCACAAAUUGUAUAGUUUUCCUUCUAUACGUUGGUUUUGUAAUGUUCCUUUUUUUCUGUUAUUUUACAGAAAUAAAAAAAAAAAUGUGCUUUUAGGUCUGUGUAUUUAGCAUGUUAACAUUUCCAUUUCACUACAUUUUGAUAUUUUAAGAUCUUUAAAAGUAUUAACCACAGUUUUGAGUAUGGGUGGAAAGAAUUCGUUCAGCAGCUUAAUAAAAAGAUAAAUAUAGUUUUCAAGAAGUUAAAUAUUAUUUUUCCUCUCAUGCCAAAAUUAUACUACUGCUCGAAGAUUUAUUACCCUACUUAAAAAGUACUCUUUAGGGGCUAGAUGCUGACUCGGUAAGCUGAGCCAGGUAUCUACAUUAUGUCCACUGAACCUACAGCACAUCCACUCAACAUACUUCGUCUUAACCCUGCCACCAGUCAUGUAUACACGAUUGCCAGUGUAUGCAGUCUUACCCCUCAAUCAUUUAUACACACUAUUGCACAUGAAAUUUAUUCAUCGCAAAUGAAAAUUGAGCUGCCCUCUUGCCCCCCGCAGCUGCACAGACUGGUGGGAAAUCUAUAGAUCUCACUACAUGGUGCUGCGCUCGCUGUUCGCGUAGACUGCUCCCCGGACUGGAUGCAGCUCUCUGCUGAUGCUCCCUCUGGUCAGAAACUGGGGCCAGAGAUGCUUAUUUGCCUGGCAGCCUACCGGACCACAAGGGAAACAGCUGGAACACCAGGGAAUUAAGAUCAGAGCCACCCUCACUACAAAAAAAAAAGUGGGUGGCAGAGCGGAAAAAAAAAUUGAAAAAGCAAUCUGCAAUGUGUGGGGAGGCUGAACAGAGAAAAACAGCAUACACACACACACACACACAAUCUGCCGCCUCCCUACAACUCACCCUGUCACAUCACCCCCCGCCACACACACCCCUUCACCCUCACUCACAGUCACACGGCCACAGUCACCCUGUCAUAGUCAUAUUCACACAGUAACACUGUUACUUAUGCACACAUCACAGUCUCACAAUAAGCACAAUGCACACAUCAAGACCACAAACAGCCCCUACAUACAUACAGCACACUGCAAGCUGCUCCCUCACACACAUACGCUCCAAGACACAGAGAUACACAGACACAGAUAUAUAUUCCAGACACAGCCACGGAUACCCAUGCACACAGAUAUACACUCACAGACGCACUCCCUGCCAGACAUACACAGUUACACAAUGCCAGGUGCAUACUGUGAUUGUGUGUCUGUAUAUGUCAAUGUGUGUGUGUGUCAUUGUAGGUCUGUGCAUCAGUAUGUUUGUGUGUGUAUCAAAGUGGGCAUGUGUGUGCUUCAUUGUGUGUGUAUAUGUGAGACAAUUAUGUAUUGGGUUACAUAUUGAGAAGUGUUAUUUAUUUACAACACUGGUUUAAAUAUUAUUUUCCAGGACUCUCAAAAUACUUAGAUUUGGGGAGUUUUUAGUUUUUUUUGCAAACCGCUUGGUAGUGAAGGGAUUACUUACGUUUUCUUCAUUGAGUACUUAGAAUACUAGCUGAACUGACGUGAUACAGGGUUACAUUGCUGAAUUCUCCUCUAGCAGUUGCCUGCGUAUUGUAGCUCCACUAUGAAGUAGACAUGUGCAAAAGUUUGGUUCACCUGAAUUAAAAUCCUUUUAAUCCACACCUGAAACAAUAGACUUGUCCAGUAUUUACAUGUGGAGUCUUAUUCAUUGAAUAGAAAUCCAGGGGUGUAAAUCCCAGACAGAUCGGUUAGAUUAAAAGUAAUUUAAUUCUGAAGAAUUUUAUAUAUUUUUUUAUUUUAUUUUUAUUAAAUGAAUGUGUAACCUUUAUUUAAAAUAUGGAAUGCAUAGAUAAACACAUGUAAUUAAAGCAACAUCUUUUAUUUAAUGUAUAUGAAGCGUACAUAUUGGGGAAGAAAGAAUGCAUUUACCAUGAUGUGCUCUUUGUGUACUUUGGCUUCUGGCUUAACCACUAUAUUAUGACUUUUUUGUUCCAGAUGUCGGAUCACCACCCUCAGGACCUAGUUUGCUGGUAGUCUUCCUGAUCAUAAUUUGCACAGCUGCACUGAUGCUGCCCACAUUGGGUGAUAUAGAAUCAAUGGUUCCCCUCUACCUCCAUCUAAGUGUGAGAAUGAAAUUAGUGGCUGCCUAUGUAUUAGGUAAAUUUUACUUUGUUCCAGACUACAAAUGUAUUUGGCUGAAAACAAAAUCUGUUCAAUUUCAUCCAAAAACAUUUUUUGUAAUAUUGUUAUUUUUAUUUUUUAACAUACUUCCAACAAGAACCUGUGGAAUAGAUUUAGAAUGUGACAACUACCUCUACAUAUUAUAAUAUGUACUGUGAUAUAACUAGGAAUGUAUUCACCAAAUAGCUAUUUGUAGUAAAUUGAAGAACAAACUGCAAAAUUUAGGCAAAAACAGCAGAUUCUUUUAAAAUCACAACAGCUGUAUUAAAAUCACAUAAGAGAUGCAUAACAAUCAAAUAAUAGAUAAGUUAUGAUCACAUAACUUUCUGCAGGUGUUAGCCUAAGCUCAUUCUACUUCUACAUAAUACAUUGAGCUGCAGUGCAUUUACUAACAGUAAAUUGCAGUGAUUUUGAAACAAAGUUGAGAUAUUUUGUACAAGAAAACCUUAGUUGUCCUCUCACCCUUUAGUAAAUAAUCCAUAUAACAAAUCCCUGUUUUUCUAAAGGAAACUCUGAGCACCAAAACCACUUCAUCUUAAUAAAGUAGUUUUGAUGAAUGGAUGUUGCCCCUUCAUCUGACAAUUUAAAACAUUGCCAUUUUUGAGAAACAGCUAUGUUACCAUUUGUCAGGGAACACACUGCAGUUUCACAGCCACUAGUGACUCUUCCUUACUAAUGCAGCAUACAUAUAGAAUUGGGAGGGGCAGGGGGAGCGUUAGUGCCAGGAAUACAGCUUUCUAUUCCUGGCACUAUAGUAUCACUUGAAAAGCAGGGCCACAAUGAGGAAUAUAUGAGAAAUUAAAAAUCCAUCUAUUAUUUCUGAAGAAAGAUAAAACACCCAUCUUUGAAAAGCCAUAGAGGGAGCCCUCUAGAUUGAAACAGUAAAACUAAGCUGUAUUGAAAUUAACGAUUGCUUUCGUCACCAUACAUACAGGUGGAUUUACAGCAUGCAAUUCUAAGAUGUGAUUCAUUACAUAACUGUUUUAAUCAGGGUGUAAAUACCGACAGAAUGAAAAACCAUUAUGAACUAUCUUCCCUCUUCACAUUCAGCGUCAUUGUGCACAACAUGAUGACAUCAAACACAUCCUAUGCUUCUCGUAUAGAAUCAGUGAAUUCAAUACGUUUCUAUGAGAAGCAUUUCUGCACAUGCAUUCUCUGUCCUUAUUGCUUUUCUGUGAGAAGCAUUGGAUUGGCCGAAAGUGUGUCUAGCUUAACUAACAGAGUUAAAUUAAAUGAAACAAGUGUAUAACAAUUUAUGCUUGACGUUGCUAGAUUGGCUAUAGUAGGUAGUUAGAUCCACAGGACUGGGUACAUGCUAGCUGAGUCAUCGCUGUAGUCACUUAAGUAGAUGGAGAUCCUAUAUUUGCAUAUCUGAAUUCUUAACAUUUGCUUAUAACAGUUGCUUAUUACAUUUGCCUACAUCAUCUUCACAUAGUAUUUGCAAGAGAAUUAGAAUGUAGCAGAAAAACAAGUAAAGCAAAGCAUAUGGCAAACUAUGUGUGUUAGAGCAGUAAAAAUGCAUAAUAAACGUGAGAGUCACAAAUCUGCAAACUGUUUGUGUCCACUGGGUCCCUGAACGUAGGUCGCUCCGUUCCCCUUGUCCUGCUCCGUCGGGCUGCUGGAGACAGUGGGCUGAGAGGUAUGCCUGCUUUCCUGGGUUAGAGUGUGUCUGCUGGGCUCAUGUGACAACACAGGGUGUAGUGUGUUGGUGAGCCGAUCAUCUGUGCCCGGUGCUGGUCAUGUCGUGCUCUCCUGUCUUGCCUCACGGCUGGUGCCCGCACUUGUCUCUCCUGUUCUGGACGUGUUGCGGCAGGUGGGUAGCUGGGGACUGUGUAGCCCUACCCUGUUGGGAUGCCAUGUUGUCUUGGUUGAGGGUUGGGCAGGUGUACCCUGUUGCUGGUUGCCUGUUCCCUGGAGCUCCAGUCCCCCUUGCCGAGAGGCAGUGUGGCGGCUAUUUUAGGUCCUGGGCCUCAGAGUGCGCUCUGCAGGUUUUGGCGGUGAUCGCUUCAUUCCCCCCAGUGAGGACCGGGAUAUCUCCCCGGUCCAGAGUGGGGGGGGAAGGGGCCUGUGAGGUGUGCCCCAGAGCUGUCGUGUGGCGGCCUGCUAGGCAAGUAGGCAGGGUGGCGGCCGUCCAUCCCGCCUCUCUCACGUGGAGGCCGCAAGCUCCAAAGCCUUGUAGGACCCGUGGGGCCCUUGUAGGACCCGUGCGCCAGCUUCAGCUCCGGCACCUUGCUGUUUCCCUCCGGCUCUGAUAUAGGCUGUAUAUAUCGGUCGAGAAGGCCAUAUUUCCGCAGGAGCCUCUCCCUCAUGCGACCGGUCAGCAUGGCGGGCAGGCCCCGCCCCCGAUUGAACGAAACUCUUCAUAGCUCAUGACUUCAUUCGACGCAGAUCAGGCAACUGAGAGCAACUGUCCUGAGUAUAUACUAGCCCUGGAUUACAGGUAAGUUUUAUAGCGUUUUGUUUAUUUGUUUUUUUUAACAGGAGGUCCAGUUAUCUUAGCACAUUAAAUAAUCUAACAUUAAAAAUGUAUAUAUUGAGAAGCACUGUUAAAAUGCAACACAUGCAGGGGGGUGGAGCUUGACUGCCAAGGAAGCCAGACGUGCUCUGCAAGAGCUCCUGCAUCUGGCCCCAAUCAAUCGAGAUUUACACCCGGGCCACCCAUCAAUCAGACCGCAAUAAGCACUCAUAUUGCCGAGGGGUCUUCGGUGCACUGGAGGAUACUAGUUGUGAGCCUAUCCGGCCCUUGUAUGUCCUGAUAGUGGCCAGCGGCCUACACAAGCCUGAGCUCUGGAGAGACUGCCGCUCUCAGAGCUCCUUCGUUUACUAUGCGGUCCCGGUGAACAAAGCUAUCUUCCUACUUCCUACUACUUCGCUACUACCCAACUCGACCAUGGAGAUCCAGACUCCCUCGGCAGGAGCAGCAUGACUCAGAGGUAGUCCCCUUAAGAUGCCUGGCACACAAGAACGUCGACCCAUAGAGGUCACCAUCUUUCCUAGUUUGACGCCGCAUACAAUGAGAGCAAGAAGGGGAGGCAGAACCCAGUACCAAGCUAUCUCAUCAGACUUGGAGUCUAAGUGGCAUAGGCUAAAUGUCCUGUAUAGAAUCAUACCAAACCAAGUGUAGCCAGGGUAUCAGCUAGCUUUAACUUGCUAGCAUGUUAUAACUUUGAUUGCAUUCACUUUUAUUUUUAUUUCCUUUGUUUAGAACAUCUCUAUAGAACAAAUCUAUAAACAUCAGUAGUAUUGUCACACAUGCUUGUUAUUUGCUUCCUUUAGGCUUAUUUCUGGUUUAAGUCUAGCGCAAUGUGCAACCACUUAUUCCCUGCCUAGCCAGACAAGAGAGAGGAUAGAAUCAGCCUGGCAUAUACUACAUUGUAAAGCCGUGUUCAUACAAUGAUUGCACAUGUCAUGCUUCGUCUCUGUCACUCCUCUGUUUACCCUUUCCUGACAUGUGCACCUCUCUAACCCACUUAAACGAGAACCUAAACUAUUGAAAUACUGAUCUCUCUAACAUAAAAAUGUGCCUGUCUAGCGAAUGCCACAACUUGUAUUGCAAAUGUUCACCAAACCACCCUGAUGUCGCUGUUGUGGCGCACCAAGGUUAUUUGUUCAUAUUGUGCACAACAAAAAUAAAGAAUGUAAAAACAUUUUUUACAAAAAAAAAAAAGCCUUUGGAUUCUUAAAUGCAGCUGCAAAUGUGUUAGAUUUCCACUGGCUUGAGCCAAGUUUUCACUCACCAAUGGAGAGUGGAAAUUGUGAUCUUUGAUUAGAUUACACACUAAUUUGUAGAAAUGUUCUACUGUUUUCUUGGGUAGCUCCCAGGAGCACUCCUAGCUCUGCCAUACCAACCUUGCUGUCUGGAAUAGAUACUUACAGGCAAAAGUGUUGGCUACACUGGCAGUCUAAUAACCCUCUCACUAUACUGGCUUAAUUAGAUGAGCUUUUCAAGAACUUUUGAGCAACACUGAAAGGUUCUCCACCGGCCUCAUUAACUAAAAAGAGGAAAUGACACCUAUUACUUAUAUUGGGUAAUGAGGUGACUGAACCACAUUGGAUGCCAUCUUGUGAACAGGCAGAGGACUCGCGGAGUUCUGAGGUCUGCUCUCCACUGAGACAUGAGACGCUGAAGAUUAAAAUUGCUUUGAGAAACAAUAGAAUUUCCUCUGAUAACUCAGCCCUCCUGGUACUCUGAAUCUUUCUUACACUAGAAUGGUGCUCACUGCUUGGUACCAGAGUGACACACUUGGUUUGAGGCAUGGAGGUGGCUUGCUGAGUUUAUCUUUCCAAUCAAAGAGUCUUAAAGUCAGUCCUUUCUGGACUUAUUCCCUGGACCUCAGUGAUGAGCAAUUCUAAUCUGCUUUACAUAUAUAUGGAAGAGUGGACAAUCACUACUAUAUUUAUGCUAGCUGUGCGGCCUGUUGGCUCACAAAUACUCAGAUAUGCUUAAAUAAUUAGCAGCUCUGUUUCCUUAUGUUUACUCAAUUAGCUGUGCUUUUACGUGCUUUGUUCCUUAUACGAAAUGUGAAGUUCUUGGCUUUGAUGCCUUCUACGUAUUGUUUGUUUGGCACAUGUACUUUCACACCAGAAAAGAAAAUAAUCAUAAGAAAAAAGACAACGUGUUUGAUGAUUUUUUUUUUUUAAGGAUAAUUGAGCAUCCUGCAAUUUGAGAAUGAGUCACAUUAGUUCUGAGAGUGCCAACACAAUGAAUAAUGCAUGCCAUACCCUUCAGGCAUCACAGAAUUUAAUAGAUAUGUAGAAUUUAACGGAAGAUCAUACGCUUGCCAGCACAAAUCUCUUUGACCUUUUCUUUCCAAGGAAACAUUUCAGUGAAAUAAAAGACUGAGAAAUAUAAAUAAUGUAAUAUUACAAUCCUCUCCAUUCCUGUGAAUAGAAUUACUCCUUCUCCUUGCUGUUACCAACGUCUUUUAUGUGUUUUUCUUUACUUUAUUGCGUUAAUGCAUCUUUACAGUGACAUUAACAUUCGUAACCCACUUAUUAAGUAUGUCCCCUUAUGUAUAAUUAACUUGACAUCUGUCAGCUGGCCCAACAGUAGGAAAACAAUCUUGAAAAUCAUUGCAACACUAUUAAAGUGGAAAUGUAAAUUGUACACUGGCUAAAAAGAAAAAAAAAAAAGUAAAACAGAGGGAUCCUAAGUUGAAAUUUAAACUAAUGCUAAAAUUCUAGUUAGGAAUCUUGGGACUUCUCCUGGUAGUCUGAUACACUAAUGAGCGUUGAUUUCAAUCAGCGUUAACAUGAAGCAAUCAUUCUUAUGCUACUUCGCACACACCUUCUGACAUGACUACCAACACAUGCCAUUUAGUAGCUUUUACUUCAGGACCUAGUUGACUCCUGCGGGAGAAGCAGGAUGCAGUCCAAAUACCAAGAGGACUCGGGUAAGUUGUCAAAAACAUUGUGGCAACUUACUUAAGGAGGCUUUAGGGUAUUUCUGGCACCAUAACCACUAUAGUAGGAGUGUUAGUUUAAGGAGGCUGAGCCACCUAUUGAUCAGGGAAGUUGCCAAAAAAAAUGCAAAUUUCAGCAUCACAUGUUAGCAUCUUGUCUUUAUGUAUGUUGUUUUUGUAUAUAUUUUAAUACAGUAAAUCUGAAUUGGUCAACUGCAGUCAUGACAGCCAUGUUCAUACCUUAUUAUAAGUGAGAUGGCUUGUGUUUUGGCUACAUUGAAGUUAUAACUUUACUUGCUCUUAAGCAGACUACAAAUGGAGGAAAUGUUCCUAUACCAGGAAAUAGGUAACCGUGGGCACUCUGUAUGGUGUGGACUACAUAUUCACUGAUGCAUUGCCAGCAUUAUGGGUGCAAGAGCAUUAUGGGAGAUGUAGUACACACGUGGAAUGACAGUGGUUGCCUACCCCUGCCGUAAACAUAUGUUGACCUUAGACAUAAUGUUAAAAUGUGUCUUUCUGCUCCUUGUUUUACAGGUUUAAUAACAAUGUAUCUGAGGAAAUGAAGAUUGUACUCUUCUGGGACUCUGAAUGUGUCUGUUCAAUUCAUCAUGUGGACUGUCUACUGUUUGUGUUGGGUCAACGUGCAAACGUCAGAAAGACUUAGUGGUUUAAGACAAAACUGCAAAAAAUGUUUGUGUAUUACUGUAAUUGAAAGGAUGAAACAUAUUAACAGUGACUCUUGUCUGAGACAACAAAAAAUCUUUGUUUAAUGACAGCUGUGAAAAGAAUCUGAAGAAAUGGCAUUUUAUAUGUACAUCUAUAAAAUACUUUUAUCGUAAAAUUAGUGGGCUCUUUGCUUUUUGUGUCAAUACUUUUAGUAAAAUAUUCUUUUAGUUUUAGUUCGUAAAAUGUCAAUUUAGAUUGUUGUAAUUAACAUUUAAUUGGGGCAAAUCUCAGUUCAGAUAUGAAACAUUUUCUCUCCAAAAUAACAAGAAUUUGGAAACCACUCGUAUUAAUGCAAACAACCCAAAUAUUUUCCAGAAUAGCUGAUCAACUUAUUGCUAAAUUAUAUAGCAAUAAAUAAAUAAUGCUCAAUGUGUGUGAAAAACAUAAGAUUGUAUUUUUAUUUGUUUAAGAAAUGUCCCUGCUACCUGUUUUUAAUCAGGAGGGUAGUUGUUGGUCAGUCAUGGCUUCACAACUGCUCAUCACCCAAUUGCAGUGUAGAUUGUGCAAACCAGGAUUACAGAAAACCCUAUGCCCAGAAGGUUCUGCACGUUGGUCUCCCCACACAUGUGCAGGUUAGUAUUUGGAGGGCAGGAGCCUAUAAUGUAUGUAGCAAUUGUGUAGCUGGUGGGCUUACCAAUGGAAAUCCACUUUAGGUUAAACAUAACUGCUCCACACACACACACACAGUGCCCACUGUGCCAAACCUCAAGGCAUUAAAUGGUGGUAAUGAUACAAUUUAACUAAAUAAAGAACUAUAUUGGAACAAGACAACUUAUAGUGCUUUCAGUUCAUUAGUAUAGGUGCUGGAGGAAUCUGUGAUGAUUUCACUUGUCUUGGUUAAGAUUGUUUAAACUUUUAAAACUGAACAGCUUUUUCCACUAAUAGUCACAGCUUGGCUUGUUUUUGUAGCUUAAAUGUUACAAUUCAGUUUUCAAUCCACUACAACUUGGCUACAAUAAUUGCAUAUGUUACUCCUGUUCACACAUUCCAUCCUUCUAAGAAAAGCUGUGGAGGCCAUAAAAUGUACCAGAGCUAAUUUAAGGGGGAAAACGUUGGUGUAGAUACUGGAACACAGAUUCCUCUUUGUUUUUUUUGUUUUUUUUCCUUCUUCCUAGAAAACUCUGUUUUUCAUGUUAACAGUAGAUCAUUAUAUUGGAACUUUGCCCCCUUGUUUUUUAUUAUUAUUAUAUAUGUAUAUGUAAUGCAUAUUGUCAUGAAUUUUUCACAGCACAAAGCUGAGUUUUGUUUUUGUUUUGUUUUUAACUUGGCGCUCAUACAGUAAUUGGUUAAUUUUUUCCGCAUUUAAGUCUUUUCACAUUCAAACCAAAGUGUAACAAACCCUCCUGGAGACGCAUUUCACAUGUUUUGAACAUAAGAUUUAACUGUAGAGCUGAUGGCAUGGGAUCCUCUAAUUUUUCACAAAAGGUGGAGUAAUCUGUCAAUAGAAACACUCCUUCUAAAAGCUUACUGAUAAUCAGGCAGUCACUUUAAUAAGAAUAUCCAGUGUAUUUACUGUUGAGCAGAUAUGCAUGCCAAAGUGUUCUAAACAGAAUAUCAAUAUUCAAUAGGACAGCUCAUAGCUUAUACAGUAUGUAGGUCUAUCCUGAGAUUUUCUGAUUGGGUUAUCAACACAGUACCUUCCAUCUCUUCAGUUGCUCAUCUUGUACACUACUUUUAUAUUGAUUUUGUUUUUAAUUGCAUUUUGACAUGGUUAAACUCAAUCACUUAUUAUUUAAUGACAGCCGAUUGCUAGCCCGACAUUCCUUUUACCGUAUUAUAGUCGUAUUAGUUGUGACACCUACAAAUGAUGAAUAGCCUAUGUGUGGAAAUUAAACAGCUUUUCAAUCAUGAUUAGACAGUGUAUUCAUUCCACUAGCAAAGUUUCC